AUGAAGUCGUCCCUCAAUAAGUCGCCAUCGGACCAGAACCCGAUCCUCACUGAAUCGGAGCUCCCAAGCCCCAGUCCCAGCACCCCAACGUUCCCCGGACCUAGUAGGCGGGCAAUCGAUACAAUUGUGAUGGAGCACGCGUCCUCGCUCAUGCCCCUUGAUGAGGGACCGCCGAAACGGGCCGGGCGCAACAUAGUCGUCCUCCUUGACGGAACAGGCCAGGGGUUCUGCGAUACCAACUCAAACAUCAUCAAGCUCCACACAGUACUUAAAGCGGAUGAGGAACAGUUUCUCUACUACAGUAGCGGCCUGGGUACUGUUCUGCCGGCUAGCACUGGGUCGUGGGCCAACGCGCGGCGCGAGAUGGCAAUGAUCAUCGACAAGGCUGUCGCAUGGAACUUUGACGACUGUGUCUGCGACGCCUACGCCUACUUGAUGGACUACUACACGCCAGGAGACCGCGUGUACAUCUUCGGUUUCUCGCGUGGUGCAUACGUUGCCCGUGCGCUUGCUGGCAUGAUUCAGAAGGUGGGCCUGCUCCCACGCGGUAACCAGCGUUCCCUCAAAGCUGCAUACCGAGUAUACACAGACCCGAAGGCUGUCCGGAGCGAACGGGCUGAUGACUCGGCAAACCAACCCGGUGCACAAUACAGGCGCAUUUUCUCUCUCUCGCGGCCUGUGGUAAUCGAAUUCCUCGGCGCGUGGGAUACGGUAUCGAGCCUGGGCGGGUUUAGGUUGCCACGUUUGCCCUUUGCGAGCGGUGUGAAGACUGUCAAGUUUUUACGACAGGCACUUGCCCUCGAUGAGCGCCGUAUCCGCUUCACGCCCGAGUACAUACACUAUGACGCCGAGGAGAACGCGUUGUGGGAACGAGUCAGAGUCUGCAAAACCCAUCUGGCGCAACUGAGCUCCAGGUAUGCUAGUAGGCAGGAUCCGGGGAUGGAGCAUGCUCAGAUGGAGCGUGCGCAGAUGGAGCGUGCGCAGAAGGAUCUUGCCCAUGCCAGGGCAGAACUGAACAACAAGUUCCCAAUCUACGAAAAGACCAAACUUGGAAUGUUAAAGAGGCGCCGGAUGGACUGCUGGUUCAUGGGCUGUCACUCGGACGUUGGGGGUGGCAACGACCUGAACGGCGAUCCGUCUCUGUCAAACAUCCCCCUGCGCUGGAUAGUGCGUGAGGCUGUGGAUUGUGGCCUACUACUCAGCGCAACGGGAAUGUCUUAUCUCGCAGCCAUGGCGAUCCCCGAGUGGGCGAGGAAGGGUUACCCCAACGAGAACCACUGCGGGCCGAGUGCAGCCACGAUAGACUUCCUGAGUUGCCUCGCCGCGAUCGUCGAUGAGACGCUCACGAGUCCUUGCACGGAGCAGGAGGCGCUGAACGACAUGGACAAGCUGUGCCAACAAAUCAAACAGGAAGAGCUCCGCAAGCUGGUGGACUUGGUGGCCUGGCGCGAUGUCGGGCCCGACCUCCUGUCCUUGGAUGCCACAAGACCGUGUAAAGAGAGCCUCCGAGGCUUCGUCUAUCGGAGCCUAGAAGUCUGCCCCCUCAAGACAAGAUGGUACGCGCCUGACAUGGGGACCGUCGAAACCAAGUCGAGGGUGACCGUCAACUUUGGUGCGCCGAGACGGAUGAUGCCGGGUCAGCGCGUUCACAUGUCCGUGUACCACCGAAUGAACGCACCGGAGCAGCUGGGCUUGCCCAAGUAUAGGCCCCGAGCACGGCUCCCGUCCGAGUUCAAGGACUGGGACGAUGCGCUUAGGAAAAAAGAGGAUCCGCUUUGGCUGAUGUGA